UUAUUCCUGCAGUGUUUGACUGGUUUCUUUUUAUUUGUUGUUGUUUGUUGUGUUAUUGUUGAAUGCGUCCUGUCACGUUCACUGACUGAGCACCUGGAAUGGAAACACUUUAUCUGCCUCGUCCGGACUGUUGCAAAAACUCCCAAGAAAGAAUGAAGUAACCGCAAUGGAGCCGGACAAUGCCCCGCACUCCAAACUCAAGAGCACUGGAGUCGGGGGGAGAAUUCUGAUUCUUUGGACUAUUCUCUGUUGCACCUGCUCUCUACGGCUAGCACAAGCACAAGAUGUGGAUGUUCUGCAGCAGCUCGGGCUUUCUGGGCGAAGAUCAGGCGGGUCGUCAUCUUCAGGCGCUCGAUCCAUCCCUAAUGGCGUCAUCCCCAUCAAGUCGGGAGUUAUCCUCACCCCGAGGGCACGUGUCCAGGUGCCUCUGCACACUGUUAUCCCUGCCUCCUACAGCUCCACCAAUCUCUCCCUGAUCCUCAGCCUGUCUAUUCACCGCGUCAACAGCGCCUUUCUUUUCUCAGUCCUCUCUAAGAAAAGGAAAGUGCAGCUGGGCGUGCAGUUCUUACCGGGGAAGGUCCUGGUACGCGUGGGUCAGAGGAGCUCCGUGAUCUUCGACUACGAUGCCCACGAUGGCCAAUGGCACAGCCUGGCUUUGGAUAUCCAAGGCCGCCGGGUGUCCUUACACACUUCUUGUGGAAAGAAAAGUCUACACGCAGAUUUGCGUUCAAAAAAAGAGGAGGCUCUGGACGCGGAGGGCUCUUUCCUGCUGGGCAAGAUGAACCACAACUCGGUGCCGUUUGAAGGUGCCAUCUGUCAGUUUGACAUUUAUCCCUCUGCUAAGGCAGCUCAUAACUAUUGUGAUUACAUUAAGAAACAAUGCAGAGAAGCCGACACGUAUCGGCCCGUGUUUCCACCCCUGCUACCUCUAAUUUCCACAGACCCAAACAUCACUGUCCCUCAUGUAACUCAACUGUCAAUGGCGGAGAUAUCCAAAAUGGCCGAUCGCUUGUCAAUGCUGAACGAAACGUCUGCGUAUCAGACUACGAGCGCUCCAAAACCUGGUGCUGUGUCUGUUUCAGAGCCACUUCAUCCAGGGUUGGAAAGUCUGCUUAAUUUCCCCCCAACACACAUCAGCCUGACGACACCAAUACCCAAACCAACCUCACAUGGCAGUGACGUAGGAAACACAAAGCAAGGAGAUACUAAUUCUCAAAAACCCUUCAACAAAAGAAUGGAUUUACCUGCUUCCACCCGACCAUCCGAGCUGCAGCCAAACCUCAACGCCACAGCCGAUUUCACGCAGGGGUCCCCUCCAAACGCCGAUCUUCACCAGGAAGAGCUGUCGACCACAGUAGCUCCAAAGACACCUGAGCCAGGAGUGACCAGUGUGCAGGACGUCCAACCCACAACACCUAUUCCAGCCACUCCAGAUGAAACAGAUGACUUCGAAAUAUUUCUCCUGGAACCGACGGAGUUCUCAAUGCUGGAUGGACCACCUGGACAAAAGGGAGAACCAGGACCGUCGGGCCUGCAAGGACUUCCAGGGUUGCAAGGAAAGCCAGGGAAGAGGGGUCCAAGGGGUCCUCCAGGCCCACAUGGAAACCCUGGUCUUUCCGGACCUCCUGGAGUGAAGGGUCAAAAAGGAGAUUAUGGACAGUCACCUGGACAUGCCCCAAAAGGACUUAAAGGAGAGCCUGGUGUCGUGGGCCCCCCUGGACUGCCUGGCCAAGAUGGACGCAAGGGACACAAAGGUCAUCCUGGUCCUUCUGGUCUCCCAGGUGAACCUGGUGAACGGGGAGAUGAUGGAAGCCCCGGGGCCAAAGGCUAUCCUGGCAGGCAGGGUUUACCCGGGCCUGUAGGGAGAAAGGGGCCAAAGGGAGACACGGGUCACAUAGGCAUCCUUGGGCGUUUUGGCCUUCCUGGUCCUGAUGGUGAGAGAGGAAUUCCUGGUCUUCUUGGGAAGAAGGGCAAGAUGGGUAGGCCGGGGUUUCCUGGUGACUUUGGAGAGAGAGGACCUCCUGGCCCUGAUGGGAACCCAGGUGAACUGGGAUCUCCUGGCCCAUGUGGAGUUUCUGGUCUCAUUGGAGACAUGGGCCCUCUUGGCUUCAUAGGCUUUCCAGGAAUACCAGGACUCAAGGGAGUACCUGGAAACCCAGGGGAACCAGGACUGAAAGGUGAUAAGGGGUAUGUUGGCUUAGCAGGGGAGCCAGGGGAGUUUGGAUUCCAAGGGGACAAGGGUAUGCGUGGCUCGCCUGGGUUGCCAGGUCCUGCUGGAAAACCUGGACUACAGGGCAAACCUGGAGAAAGGGGCCCUGAUGGUUCACCUGGCCCCCCUGGCCUAGAGGGUUUUCCGGGGGACAUCGGCCCGCCAGGACAAAAUGGUCCCGAAGGGCCCAAGGGAAAGCAAGGGACACGAGGUUUGCCAGGUCCAAGAGGAACACUUGGUCUUCAGGGUGACGAGGGACCGGUUGGGACCGUUGGACCCGCUGGACUCGAGGGCAGGCCGGGGAGGCUGGGAUUCCCUGGACUGACAGGCCCAGACGGACUCAAGGGCGAGACCGGGAUAACUGGCGAGGUUGGAAAAGUUGGCGAGAGGGGACUACCUGGUUUUGUCGGGCCUGUUGGAGCGAUGGGCAUAAUGGGAGAAAAGGGGGAUCGAGGCAAAACAGGUGCCCCAGGGCCGCCAGGUGAAACGGGGCCGAUGGGUCACACUGGAAUACCUGGAGAGACGGGGCCUCCUGGACUGCAAGGGAUCCCAGGGCCUCCUGGUUCUCUUGGAUCCAUCGGCAUCAGAGGACCCAAAGGCAGCGGGGGUCCAAGGGGUCCUGAUGGGCCAAUGGGGGAGAAAGGGUCCACCGGAGUAAAGGGCCCUGAUGGUCCACCAGGAAAGUUGGGCCUCCCCGGGGACAUGGGGAAGCUUGGCGAGCCAGGUGAAGCCGGGCCAAAUGGAUUUCCAGGUGUUCCAGGACACUCUGGACGUCCAGGGGCCAAAGGAAUUGCAGGAGAGCCAGGACCAGCUGGGCCACCAGGAACAAUUGGGCCACUGGGGGCCAUGGGGCCAUGGGGGCUGGUGGGGAAGGCUGGAGAGACAGGACUGCAUGGUGAACUGGGAGAGAAGGGUGACAUCGGUCUACCUGGCAACAUCGGGGAGCAGGGUUUGAUUGGCCAGAGAGGUGAGCCAGGCAUUGAUGGGGAGGCUGGACUAAGUGGACCUGAUGGAGCCAAGGGUGACAAGGGGGAUGCUGGUCAAGAAGGCGCUACAGGAGACAGGGGUGAAAUCGGUCUGACUGGAAAGGAAGGACCCGCUGGGCCUCCCGGAUUGGUCGGUGUCAUGGGUCAGGAAGGUAAACCCGGCAAAAUUGGUGAAAGAGGAAAACCAGGAGAAAAGGGGACCAAGGGUCACCAAGGUCACCUGGGUGAGAACGGGCCUUCUGGUGAGCUGGGAGAGAUGGGGUUUGUCGGACAGAAGGGAGCGAGAGGAACCAUCGGGCCAGUGGGUGCUCCAGGGAGAAUGGGCCAACAAGGAGAUCCAGGCUUAUCAGGUUACGAGGGUCACAUGGGUCCACAGGGCCCUUUGGGACCUCCUGGGCCAAAAGGUGAAAAGGGCGAACAGGGAGACGACAGCAAGGUAGAAGGUCCGGCAGGUCCCCAAGGUGACAGAGGUCCUCCCGGAAAUAGAGGAGAGAGAGGAGAGCCCGGUGACAGCGGACACAUUGGUCAAAUAGGCGUCGAUGGAAAGAGAGGUGAAGCUGGUGCUUCAGGGCUUCCUGGUCACGCUGGGCCAAAGGGACAACCAGGGCUGAAAGGAUCCAAAGGUGACCAAGGUCAGAAAGGAAAAUCAGGGGCGGGAGGUGCAUCUGGGACCAAAGGACCACCAGGUCCAGAGGGUCCUCUUGGCCCACGGGGGGUUGUGGGUAGGGAGGGACCUGAAGGCCUGCCUGGCAUGGAUGGACUGCCUGGUAAAGAUGGAACUAAAGGAGUCAAGGGGGAGCAAGGAGAAGACAGAGAAGUGGGAUUACCUGGGAAACCUGGGCAGCAGGGCACAACUGGUGAGACGGGGCUUCCUGGAAGUCAAGGCUCCUAUGGACCAAAGGGUGAGAGGGGUCUUCCUGGCCAAACUGGUGCUUCAGGGAGAAAAGGCUCUGUUGGCGGGAUGGGAUUGCCAGGAAAACAAGGAGAGCAGGGACCUGAAGGACAACCAGGGGAUGCUGGUGAACAAGGAUUUCCAGGGGUGCUGGGUCUGUUUGGACCAAAGGGACCCCUGGGAGACAUUGGCCCUGCAGGGAUACAGGGACCAAAAGGGCCACGUGGUUUGUUGGGUAUGGAGGGAGCUUUGGGCCCCGUUGGCAUCAUUGGCCCCAGCGGUCAUCCUGGACCCAAGGGUGACAAAGGAAGUCGGGGGGAGACGGGGUUGCAAGGACCAAGGGGAUUUAGUGGCCCUCGUGGACCGCCUGGACCACCAGGUCUACCGAGUUCCUCACUCUCACUUAGAAAUGAGGCUCUUGGUGUCGCCUUUCAAGUCAUCGUGGAUUCCGCUGCUGCACUGAGGCCCGAGCAGAACCAUCAGAACAUGGACCUGCUCAUGUUGGACCAGGGCACCGAGAUCUUCAAGACCUUACAGCAUCUCAACACUCUGAUCCAGAGUCUUAAGAACCCGCUGGGAACCCGUGACAACCCUGCUCGGAUCUGCCGAGACCUCCACAACUGUGAACAGAAGAUGUUCGAUGGCACCUACUGGAUCGAUCCAAACCUCGGCUGUGCUGCCGACACUAUAGAGGUGAUGUGCAACUUCACUGGUGGUGGACAGACCUGCCUGAAACCUAUCACAGUAUCCAAGUUGGAGAUGGGAGUGGGUCGUAUCCAGAUGAACUUCGUCCACCUUCUGAGCACCGAGGCCGUGCAGCACAUCACCAUUCACUGCCUCAACACCCCUGUGUGGGCAGCAGGACCCUCCCUGCAGCCGUCAUCCAGGGCUGUGAUCUUCAAGGCCUGGUCAGGGGAGACCAUUCAGGCAGGAGACCUCCUAGAGCCGCUCAUACCCCGGGACGACUGCUGGAUCAAAGAUGGCCGCUGGCAUCAGACCCACUUCAUCUUCCAGACCCAGGACCCGAACUUACUCCCCAUCGUGGAUUUGUACAACAUACCGAUCAGAGAACGUGGCGCACGCUUUCACCUGGAGGUCGGACCUGUGUGCUUCUUAUAGGCCUCCUGUAGAGGGGCCGCGAAAUACUCCUCAAAGGGGGCACUGCGUGGAGGAAGGAGGACGGGUGGAGACUAAUGCUUCUGUGGUUUCCAGAACAACAGACCACCAUUUCCUCCCUGCGAAACAUGCUUGGACUGCAGAAACAGGAGGGGGCACCAGAGAAAAGAGGCCCAUUGAAAAUGCAGAGAUAAGACUUCUAGCACUAAUCAGCCUAUGGAAAACAAUAAUAAGCUCCUUUUUUUUUCUUUCAGAGACUUGUUUGUGUGAUGCAAGACCUGAAUGCCCCUUUUGGGAGGAAGUUAUAUGAUCGUCUCACUCUAUGUUGUAUCAUAUUUUCUUCACGGGCUGUGACCCAGUUUAGCAAAAAAAAAAAAGUUUUUUUAAAAGAGAUCUGUACAGAAAUAUGGGACAGUUACAUCUGCAAAAUGCAAUAAUUCCUAUUUUGUCGUUGAAGUAUUAUUUAUACAUGUAUAUGUACUGUAUAUUGUAAUAUAAAGUGCAAUAGUUAUUUUUCCACAGCUUUUAGGCAUAUACAUUAUAAACAUCACUCAUUCAGGUAUGCAGUGUGCCUCAGACACACAGGUGCACUGUCUCCAGGUAAGUCUUUAAGAACUUCUAAUAACUGUCUGUUGCUGAGAGACCCCCGCGUUUAUACCGAUGUCCUCACACAAACAACUGCUGUGUGUUGUUCUCCAUGACAGAAUGCAUGGAAGCUCUCCACAGUGUGAACCCGAGAAAAGAGUAUCAAGAUGCUACCUCGUACUGCACCUCUCAUCUCGCAGCGAACAAAGACGUUACCCGAUAUAAUCCGGAGGUGAUACGGAGGUGACACCUGGUGCUGUAACCGUCCACACUCGUAUGAUAAACUCUUGUCAGCUCUCAGCAAAGAUAUGUCUGUGCUUUAUGAAAAAAAAAAA